AUGGCCGCCGCAGCCAUUCUCGUAUAUCGCAGCGCAUUGAUAUGGCAACAAUACAACACAACACGGCACGGUACGGCACAGGAGAGUAGUUCCUCUCCAUCCCAUUCCAUCUUCACUAUCUCCAUAUCUCACUCGUCUCAAAACGCAUCAUCAUGGACGGCUUGGUCGGUCGGGUUUACUGCAUCUACCAUAGAUGGAUCACGAAAUGUCGUCUUUCCAAAAUGGGGGCUAUCUAUACAACAUCGUACAUUUUCUCUGCUUAAAUACUCUGGGUAUGGGCUCUUGAAGGAUCUGGCGGUUGGAGCUAUCGCUAGUGUUUUGGGUUGGGGUGUUAUCAUUCUCCUCUAUUUGCUCCAUCUCUAUCUCUCAUCUCACCUUGACACCUCAUUUCCCAGGGGUGAUUCAUUGACUUGCAUCGUAACAAUGGCUUGGGUUGGUUUGAUGAAAAAUUAUAGUGCAUAA